AGACGCAUGAGAGGCUGAAAGGUUUGGUUCACUGGGCCAGUGGACCAUCAGAAACCAUCAUAGUCGUCAUUCAAAGAUAUGCCAUGGACUGGACAUCCAAAAGCCAAUCUCGCCGACCACCAAUGGAUGGGGAGGAGGAUCAGAAGCAUUCCUUUGCAGCGGAGCAGAUUCUGGAUGAAUAUUUAAUCACUCUCCAACACAAAAACAGGGUGUUAAAGAGACUGAGGGCCAAGGACCCCAAACAGAUUGAACUGGAGAGGCUGGAGCAGGGCUUCUCCAUCUACAUCAACGGCGCCAACGCAGACAAGUCUGACCCUAAAGGCGCUCGAGCCAGCAGGUCCCCUCACGCCUCCACAGCCUCCCCUCCGGCCACCCCCCGAACUGCACACACUGCAGAGGCUUCUAGAUGCAGUGAUACAGACAAAGAGUUGAAGCGAAGCCAUACCGCACCAGGCAAAGUGCAAAGAAGAGAAUGGGUGCAGAACUCAGUUCACAUACGCACAGAGGAAGGGACCAGCCUGAAGCUCCUACCCGAGCCACGCUACUCUGCUGACUUUGAGCCCUACGAAAGCGUCAACAUGGAGGGUGCAGGCGAUGACUGUAAAGUGUCCCGAGCGCUGGGCAGCAGAUCGGAGUCGUGUCUGACCCAAGCCGAGCCUGACCACAGUGAGCGUGUUCUCCUCAACAUGGACCAGGUCAAGGUCCUGCGGCGUAGCCUGGAGAAGAGCGUGAGGCGCAGCAGCCGUGGGUCGGCGGGCGAGGACUCGGAGGACGAGUGGGUGGAGGAGCAGAUCGAGCGCGAGGAGAGCAGCGAGAGCCUGGAGGAGCUGGGUCUGGCCGCCAGCCCCAAACACACCAGCCAGCCAAUCAGCAGCCAGCUGCGGCCCAGCGACCUCAUCGUGCUGGACUUUGGCCCCUCCGCCACGGGUCGUAAAGUGGAGCGCUCUUUGUCAGCGAAGAGAAAAGAGAACGUGGAGGCCUACAUCCCCACCAAGCCAAUGCUCGUGAAGAAACCUCCAGACAGACCUGCCUCAAGAACCAGCACUGCCUCUUCCCGUCCUGGCAGUCGUGUAGAGCGCCCCCUGUCUGCAGCCCGCAAGCCACUGCAGGAGAACAGAGAUCCUGAGGAGACUGUUAGCCGUGUGUUCCAGGCUCUUCAGAGGGAAAACACUCCUUUGUCCACGCACACUCAACCGCCCGAGUCCAGGUCACACACACUCUCACCUGAGCGCAGACAGCACACACCUGAGCCGAGGUCCCCUGCACACACACCAGAGCCCGGUUCACUUGCUCACACACCCACACCCAAAUCUCCCACACACUCCCCCAUCACAAGAUCGCCUGCGUGCACGCCUGUGAGCAGAUCUCACACACUCACACAGCUGCCAAAGACCAGGAGUCUCAGCCCCCAGCAGUCUGAACACAGACUCUUCAACCGCAGCCCUGUCAAGGGUCAUCUGUUGAAUGGAUUGGGUUGCCCUGGUGAUGAAGAUGAGUAUGAUGAAGACUAUGAUGCGAGUCGGGUGACGAGAGCCAUGCAGAGGAUAACACUGAUGGGUCCCAGUCAACAGAAGAAGCUGCUGAAAGCUCUAGAACGCAUCGAGUCGGAAUCCGACGUGGAGCCUCCGCCUAAACUCAAGAGUCUCAGCAGCGUGAGCCACAGCCUGAGGAGCCAAGCGUCCGCAGAGGUAACACCAACUCUGUACGUAACCAUGGAGAUCCUGUCCAACUGGGGGAAUGCGUGGCACGUUGGGCUCACAGAGAUGCAGUUCUUUUGCGGGAAGAGCCGCAAGAUUUACGUGUCGCCCCACGACCUGGACAUCCGGAACGCACAAGAGCCGGGCAACCUGGGCGCACUGGUCAAUGGGAAAACAAAGACCACUAAGGAACGGAACAUGUGGGUGUGUGUAUUUCCUCCACCAGUUCAGCUCUACUUCAUCCUGAGGAACACUGAGCGCGCUCCAGACUUCACCCUCUCACACAUCAAGAUCUGGAACUACAACAGAAGCCUCAAUGAUCUGGACGUAGGCGCUCGUCAUGUGAGGCUUUAUGUAAACAGCACGCUGGUGUUUGAGGGGGAGCUGCAGAAGGGCUGUGGCAACUCCGUGUUUGACUACAGCACGGCCAUCGACCUGCAGGAACUCCAGCUCCCAGACUGCAACACUCCCAGCCCCGUCACAUCCUCACACAGCCUGAGGGGCUGCAGCCCACAGAGCCAUGACACCCAGACCCACCAGGAAGUCAGCACCUGCAACAACCAACCAAAAGCCCAGAUAGAAACAAGCAAGCAGGCCCUGCCGGAGCCGCGCGCUGCAGCCAUGCAGAAGGACUCGCUGGAGCUGGACACCCACCCGCUGGACGCCCACUCGCCCACGCCGCCGCUGCCCGAGGAGGAGGAGGAGGAGAGGCCGCGCACGGUCACCACGCAGCCCUCCGGCCGCACGCCCGAUUGGCUCAACCCCUCGGGGAGGGCGGGGUCGGAGGCCUCCGGGGCGGGGCUUGAGCGGGAGAGGGAGAGGGAGCGCGAUCGCGAGCGACCCCUGUGGCUGGCGCGCUCCGAGCCCAAGAGCUCGUCGGUGCUGCCCGAGCUGGCGUGCCACCCGGGCCGCGUGUGCCAGGGCUCGGCUCCCAGGCCCAAACCCGGCCGGCCGCAGAGGGGCACCAGCUCGGAGUUCAGCGCCGACUCCCUGGACCUGGACUCGGAGCUGGGCCUGGACAUCCGGCCCGAACGGGACCGCGAGAAGGAGAGGGACAAGGAGAGGGGUCGGGCGGUUCGGGAUCUGGGGUCGGACCUGCUGGAGGACUUUUGUGAGCGGAUGGAGCGACCGGUCAGCGGGAGGAGAGGCUCGUCACGGGGAGGAGCCAAAGGCAUCGGUCAGAACUCAGAACUGACCAGCAGCACCAGCAGCACAGGUCUGGGUCCAGUGCUGGGGGCGAGCCGUAGGCAGCGUCCCCACUGGCCGAGUGAGCAGGAGGACUCUCUGAUGGAGUCGUGGGACUCGCUGACCAAGUUCAACCAGAGCCAGCGCGGGCGCAUCUCCAACAUGGCGUACGAGGGCGACAUCUUCGACGAGUUCCUGCAGCGCCAGAGCUCGCACGCGCACCACCACGCCCUGGCGCGCCCCUCGCCGCUCCACCCGCUGCCCGCCGCCCCGACGCCCCAAGACGAGCCGGAGGACGAGCCGCCGGACCUCCGCGACGAGGAGGACUUCGAGAUCCCCGUGCUGCCGCAGGGCCAGACGCUGGUGGUCAGCGUCCUGUCCACGUGGGGCGACCGCCACUACGUGGGCCUCAACGGCCUGGAGGUGUUCAGCGCCACCGGCGAGCCGCUCAAGCCGGCGCGCAUCAGCGCCAACCCGCCGGACAUCAACAUCCUGCCGGCGUACGGCAAGGACCCGCGCGUGGUGGCCAACCUGAUCGACGGCGUCAACCGCACGCAGGACGACAUGCACCUGUGGCUGGCGCCCUUCACGCCCGGCCGGCGGCACGUGGUGGAGCUGGACCUGGGCAGCGUCCACCGCCUGGCCAUGGUGCGCGUCUGGAACUACAACAAGUCGCGCAUCCACUCGUUCAGAGGCGCCCGCGAGGUGGAGAUGAGCCUGGACGGGAGGUGCAUCUUCAGGGGAGAGAUCGCCAAGGCCUCGGGCACCCUGUCUGGAGGACUGGACCAGUUUGGAGACACCAUCUUGUUUACCACGGACGAUGCCAUCCUGGAGGCCAUGUCCCGCUUCGACGAGACGUUCGUGGACAGCAGGGGGGAGGAGGCGGUGCCCGGCGUGGUGGAGGAGGAGCUGCAGCGGCCGAGGACCGCAGACGGGGAGGGAGACGAGAGACCCUUCACCCAGGCCGGCUUCAGAGAGGACGAGCAGCCGCUGGAUCUGCGGGUGAGCCCACGUUCUGAGAGCUCCCCUGACAUCCAGCCCACUCCAGGGGUGUACACAGGGAAGACACUGAAGCUGACCCUGAGCGAGACGUGGGGAGACGUGCACUACCUGGGCCUGACGGGGUUAGAGGUGGUCAGCCAGGAGGGCCAGAGCAUCCCCCUGGACAUCGCCAUGCUGGACGCAUCGCCACGCGACCUCAAUGACUUGCCCGACCACAGCAACGACCUCCGCACCCUGGACAAGUUGAUUGACGGCCAGAACAUCACCACGGACGACGAGCACAUGUGGCUGAUCCCGUUCAGCCCCGGCUCCGAGCACCAGCUCACCGUGCAGCUGCCCGCGGCACACACACUCACCGGGCUACGGGUGUGGAACUACAACAAGUCACCAGAGGACACCUACAGAGGGGUAAAAGUGAUGCACGUAACCAUGGACGACGUGACGAUCUCUCCACCGGAGGGCUUCUUGGUGCGCAAGGGUCUGGGCCACUGCCACUUCGACUUCGCCCAGGAGAUCCUCUUCAUCGACUACCUGCAGGCCACAGACACUAGCACACAAAUGAACAGCGGGAGCUCGUGCCAAAGGGAAGAAGCCAGUAUGGAUUAUGAAGCUCCUCUCAUGCCCUGCGGAUUCAUCUUUCAGCUGCAGCUGCUGACCACGUGGGGUGACCCCUACUACAUCGGCCUGAACGGCAUCGAGCUGUACGACCACAACGACCAGAAGAUCCCCCUCAGCGACAACAACAUUGCUGCAUUCCCAGACAGUGUGAAUGUGCUGGACAGUGUGAGUGGAGAUGUGCGCACACCGGACAAACUGGUGGACGGAGUCAAUAAUACACAUGACGGCCGACACAUGUGGCUUGCUCCUGUACUACCUGGGCUGGUGAAUCGGGUGUAUGUGAUUUUUGACCAGCCCAUGACCGUGUCCAUGAUCAAGCUGUGGAAUUAUUCCAAGACGCCACAAAGAGGGGUCAAGGAGUUUGGGCUGCUUGUGGAUGAUCUGCUGGUGUAUAACGGCAUCCUUGACUGCGUGAGCAUAGUGAGGGGCAUCCUGCCCACGUGUGACCCCGUAGUGCCAUACCACACCAUCCUCUUCACCAACAACACACACAUCGCCCAGCGGGAGAAGAACACCAUCAUCAGCAACCAUGUGGAGGACCAGGAUGUGAAGAUGACCAAUGAAAAUCAGAUAGUCCACCAACACAGGCGGAAACCGAGUGCUGACCCAGCCCUUCGUCCCAAAACAUGUAUGACAGACACUGGAAAGCUGGGGAAGAGAAGAUACUAAAGCUGGCGAGAGAGUGUGGGCAAGAUGCGACGUAACAGGUCUUCUAGUUAGAUAUUAGGCUCACUUGACUUAGAGCACAUGCCCACUACCUGUGCUCACUGGAUGAGCCCUCACAAACUGCUGUGCCUUUCAGGAAACAGCCAAUCACAUGGUAACAAUAGCUACCGAAGAACUUCUGAAGCUAGCGAAGGCCCAUGUCAUUCUGCUCGGGUGGCCUAGUAUGGCACAAAAAUCCUUGCACAAGGGUGUGUUUUUGAGUGAAAAAUGCACAAUCAGGGACAUUUAUUAAUGUUCAUCUCCAUAUUCAGACACUCACUGGCAAGCAUUUGGGAUGGGACUGAUUUUUACAGUGUCUCACUCCUCUCUCUCUCAAAUGCUGCUGUAUCUAUAUGUAAGAUACAUAUGUGAAUACUUGUGUACAUAUGCUCAAUAAUUUGCUGUCUAGACCAUUUUACUGAGAUGGUGUUGUUUCUCUGUACUCCCAAGAGCAGGUAAGGUUCCUUGUCUAAGUGCCCUUCUCCGCACUGUACAUCUGCGUGCUUUCAGUCAGUUCAUGAAACCAAAUGUCUGGUUUUUAUCAAUGUAUGAGCCAGCUUCACCCCAAUUAAUGUGAAAUGUGUUAAUGCAUAUAGAAUUGUGCUGUUAUUGCCAAUACAUAUAUUGAUGAGGGCACACAGAAGGACCGUGUGUAGAAUGUGUUGCUGUGCGUGGCAUAUGUGACUCAGCAUCACUCCUCUGCUAGGUAGUAGUGCUAGUGAGAAUUUUGUAUAUACACUAUACAAUAUAUGCAAGCAAUGGAUAUAUAUAUACCUCAAAAAUUGUUCAACGUUUAAGCUAUAGUUUAUUCAAAAGUUAAACUGUACUUUCAGUGUCAUUCAGUUCUCAGAAUGGACCACCUUAGUGACUGUGUGUGCGUGUGUGUGUGUGUGCGUUCACAAGCGGUUUAGUUGUAUGUGUGUGUGUGUGUAUAUCUUGCAUUCCAUUCCAAGUUCCCCUAUUCUCAGUACUACUGACAUUCAGAAUAUUCUAUGAGAACCUUUUGGGGGGAUGCUGUUUUUUGAAAAAGCAGUUUUGUUAGGAAUUGAAGUGUCAGUUGGAGCUUAUAAUAAAGCAGUCCUUUAAAUGUUCUGUGUUCAUAUAAACAAUAUCUUUCAGUCUUUUUUAAACAAAAUCCCAAAAUAAUGGUCAAUGUAAUGCAGUCAUUACUCAAUAAAUAUUGAUUUAAAACAUG